AUGUGUGAUCAUCGAAUAUAUACUUUUGCAUUUGUGUUGAUGCUGAUUAAUUGUGUUCCGGUAAGCUUGAAAAACUUGGACGUUGUGCAUUCCGGAUGGUCUAACAUAAAGAGCAUGAAUCGAGUGCGUCUAUUUCACACUGCAUCUUUGUUAAAAGAUGGAAAGCUGUUGGUUGUUGGUGGAUCUCACUAUCCAGAUGCGGAAGUGUAUGAUCCAGUGACAGGAAAUUGGACAAUGACCGAGAGUAUGAGUAUAUCCCGAAUUUGGCAUACAGAGACUGUCUUAGAGAAUGGAAAAGUGCUCAUUACCGGUGGACAGGAUGAGAACGUGAAUUAUUCGAAUACUGUUGAGUUGUGUGAUGCAUCAGAGAGAAAAUGGAAAAGAGUUCCCCACAUGCGGUAUAAACGAAUCUGGCAUACAGCGACUCUUCUCAAAAGUGGUAAAGUAUUAAUUGUUGGCGGUGAUAAUGAUUCCUAUAGUAUUACUAACGGCUGUGAGUUAUACGAUCCAGUGAAUAAUAGUUGGACAGUAACUGGUAGUAUGCAUCACUCCCGAAGUCAACAUACUGCUGAAUUAUUACACAAUGGAAAAGUAUUAGUCAUAGGUGGAUCCUCUGUUACUGCAAAUUUCAAUAGUUCUGAAUUGUACGAUCCACUGACAGAAAAGUGGACAUUGGCUGCCAGUAUGAAUUAUCCUCGAAUGUAUCAUGCUUCAAUCGUAUUAAAAAAUGGAAAGGUUUUGGUUGUUGAUGGAUGGCAACCUGGUUAUGGUAAUCUCAAAACUACUGAAUUGUAUGAUCCAUCAACCGGAAUGUGGUCACUGACCGGAAACACGACACAGGAACGAAUCGACCCUACAAUAUCUCUGCUAGAAGAUGGCAAAGUGCUAGUUGCUGGUGGAGAUGAUGGCUCGCUUUAUAGUUUCAAUAGUGCUGAAGUGUACGAUCCAUUAACAGGCAAUUGGACAACUGUGGAAAAUAUGAAUUAUCCGCGAGGAGGCCAUACACAAAAUACGCUUAAAAACGGCAAAGUAAUAGUUACUGGUGGAUAUGGUAAUGGUUAUGACUUCUACAGUAGCGCGGAAUUGUAUACAUCACCAAAAGUACAUUAA